AUGACCGUGACCAUUAUUGAUGAAACGGCGACGGCUUCAUCCACGCAAAGAAAUAAACAGGUCUUUUCACCAAAACAAACGUUCCCACCUGAACCUUAUGUUGAAGUACCUCCCCCAAUCCUUCUAAAUAUUGAAGAAUUCAUGCCAAAGAAACCCGGUGGAAAAAAGACCUCGAAUGCUUUCAUUAUUUAUCGUACGGUGUUCGCGAAGAUUCUUACCGGAAAGGAUUUUCAAAAUAAGAUGACCGACGUUUCUAAAUGGGCAUCUAUAUCAUGGAAGAAUGAAAAGGCUGAUGUUAAAACUGCGUACAAAAGGUUUGCAAAGGAGAUUCAAACAACUCAUAAGAAACGUUCGCAGGAAGCUAUGAAGUCUCGCAAUCGUCGAUUAGUUGCUGCAAGCACCCCGAGGCGGGUAAAUCCAUCAAUUUCUCCGAGGCACGAGAUCCCAACUUAUCAACAACAAACAAAUUUGAUAUUUGAACAGGGGAAUAUAAACUUUCCUGAAGUUUAUCAAACGUACCCUUUUCAAACUCUUCAAAAUUUUCAAAAUUUUAUUCCAGAGACAUCCGAAGAGGAAUUCCAGGCAAAUGAUCAAUUGAAUUCAAUGAUCACCCUUGAAGAAUUUGACCAAUCUCCCAUACCUUCUUCAAUUGAGGAAGAAAUUCCUCUGGAGAUAUUAAAUGAGGAUUUUGGGAUUUUUGAUUUAGAAGUUUCUUCUUUCUCAAUGCAAACAAUGUUACCAUCGUCACAAGAGGCUCAUUCCGAAUAUCAAAUGCUUUAUGAGGAGGGAAUGAAUGAACCAGGUUGGAUUUUGAACUUUAAUUAA